UCUUUGUUGACUUCUUUUGGUGGGCGCGGCCUCGACCAUAUGACGUACGUUACUUUCCUCUCAGUGAUUGGUUGGAAUCUGACCUGGAUGUGACGUGCAGAUUUUGGCGCCACAUUUCCAACAAGGAACAGCAAAGAAAGCUCCGUGUCUGACAGCAACCCGAAAACAUCCCGCUGUUCAUGCCGGUUUAGCCUUAUUUUACCCGGUCUGUCCUCAUCUUAAAAGCUUUUUUUUUUUUUAUCUGUUGAAAAUGUUUAUCACGGACAUAAGGAAGGAAUUUUAUGAAGUUGUUGCCAACCAGAGAGUCGCACUCCUGGUGGCGUCAGACAUCGACGCUCUCUGCGCCUGUAAGAUUCUACAGGGGCUGUUCCACUGUGACCAGGUCCAGUACACACUGGUGCCAGUUACAGGCUGGCAGGACCUCAGCACGGCCUUCCUCGAACACAAAGAGCAGUUUCGCUAUUUUGUUCUCAUCAACUGCGGGGCGAACGUUGACCUUCUGGAGACGCUGCAGCCGGAUGAUGACUCCGUCUUCUUCAUCUGUGACACUCACCGGCCUGUAGAUGUGGUCAAUGUCUACAAUGACUCCCAGAUCAAGCUGCUAAUCAAACAGGACGAUGACCUCGGCGUUCCUCCGUACGACGACAUCUUUCGAGAUGAAGAUGACGAGGAAGGAGGAGACUCUGGAAAUGAGAGUGACGAAGGCUCGGAGCCGUCUGGGAAACGGCGGAGAUUUGACGAAGGGGCAGUUGAGAGGAGAAUCGACAGGCAGCGAGCGAAGAGGGAGUGGGAGGCACGGAGGCGGGAAAUCUUGUUUGACUAUGAGCAGUAUGAAUAUCACGGGACCUCUGCUGCGCUGAUGUUUUUUGAGUUGGCGUGGGUAUUGACCAAAGACACCAAGGACAUGCUCUGGUGGGCCGUCAUUGGCCUGACAGACCAGUGGGUUCAUGAUAAAAUCACACAUAUGAAGUAUGUGACGGACAUCGCCACCAUGCAGCGUCACGUUUCCCGACACAACCACCGGAACGAGGACGAGGAGAACUCGCUCUCCAUCGACUGUAUGAGGAUCUCCUUUGAAUACGACCUCCGUCUCGCCCUCUACCAGCACUGGUCCCUGUAUGAGAGCAUCUGUAAUUCCUGCUACACGUCGUGCAACUUCAAGCUGUGGACGUUAAAUGGCCAAAAGAAGCUCCAGGAGUUCCUAGCUGACAUGGGGCUGCCUCUGAAGCAAGUGAGGCAGAAAUUCAACUCCAUGGACAUGUCGAUCAAAGAGAACCUGAGGGACGUCAUUGAGGAGUCUUCCAAUAAAUAUGGCAUGAAGGACAUCCGCAUCCAGACAUUUGGCGUUCACUUUGGCUUCAAGAACCGCUUCCUGGCCAGUGACAUGGUGCAUGCGACUGCUGCCUUGCUGGAGAGCACUGAGAAAGAUGAGAGCGCCAGCGACAACUUCAUCAAGGCUCUGGACUCUCUUUCCAGGAGCAACCUCGACCGUCUACACUCGGGCAUUGACCUGGCUAAGAAGAAGCUGAUGGCCAUCCAGCAGACGGUCGCCAGCUGCAUCUGCACCAACCUCAUCGUGUCGCAGGGACCCUUCCUCUACUGCUACCUCAUGGAGGGAACACCGGACGUGAAGCUCUUCUCUAAGCCCAUGGCCUUGACUCUGCUCUGCAAGUACCUCCUGAAGUCUUUUGUCCAUUCCACGAGGAAUAAGCGCUGCAAACUGCUUCCUCUCAUCAUGGCGGCUCCCAAGGACGUGGAGAAGGGCUCCGUCAUUGUUGUGGGAAUCCCGCCAGAGUCCGAGACAUCUGACAAGAAGAAUUUCUUCGGUCGAGCGUUUGAGAAAGCCGCAGAGAGCACCAGCUCCAGAACUCUUCACGACAACUUCGACACCUCAAUAAUUGAACUGAAGACGGAGGACCGGAGCAAGUUUCUGGACGCACUCAUCACCCUCCUGUCGUGAGAGGGAACAUGAGCCUGAGUCUGGGUUUGGGUCUUGAACAGAGUUGGUAUCGGGCAUGUACGGUGCCACCCAUAAGAGAACUUUCUCCAUGAUUUCAACGUGUAUAUUGUACAGUCUUUGUAAAUGUGUGGAAGUCUUAUUUUUGCUUUUAAAUUCUUGUCACGUUUGUCUUUUUAUUCCCGUCUGUAUGUGAGUCGCUCGUCACAUUUUUACAUUUUAAACAUGUUUAAUAAAUCUUAGUUACUUGAA